GCAAGUUUGUAAAGCUCUGCUGGAAGUCCCCUGCUGUGUCGGUGGGGUGGGAAAGCGCCUGGAGCCAAGUAGAGAGAGAGAAAGACCAGCUCGCUCUCGGCAGCCUGAGCCUACCUGUAACUUCAGCCCUGUGCUGUUUGUGGUGCCCCCCCCUCCGCUGUGCGUGCCUGUGUAGAGAUGGCUGUGAACAGAUCCUUACACACAUAUAAUGUAAUGGAUAUUGGCUUAGCCGACAAGCCCAGCCAGGACCUCUCGUCAUACUCGGGCUCCUUCCAGCCCGCCCCCGGGGGCAACAAGACGGUGACCUACCUGGGCAAAUUCGCCUUCGACUCGCCGUCCAACUGGUGCCAGGACAACAUCAUCAGCCUGAUGAGCGCGGGCAUCCUGGGGGUGCCGCCUUCGUCCGGCGCCCUCGCCAGCAGCAGCACGCAGGCCUCGACGGGCAGCAUGGUGCAGGUGCAGAGCCAGGCCGAGGUGGAGGGCAUGUACCCGGCGCUGCCCCCUUACUCCACCUGCAGUGACCUUUACGCCGGCGAGCCGGUGCCCUUCCACGACCCGCAGGCCAACGCCGGCCUCGCCUACUCGGCGCAGGAUUACCAGGGCGCCAAGCCCGGCGGCGGGGCCGGCGGCGGCGCCCUAGACAGCAGCCUCUUCCCUAUGAUCCCGGACUACAACCUCUACCACCACCCCAGCGACAUGGGCAGCCUCCCCGAGCACAAACCCUUCCAGAACUUGGACCCGAUCCGGGUCAACCCGCCGCCCAUCACCCCGCUGGAGACCAUCAAAGCCUUCAAGGACAAGCAGAUCCACCCCGGCUUCGGCAGCCUGCAGCAGCAGGCGCCGCUCACCCUCAAGCCCAUCCGGCCGCGCAAGUAUCCCAACCGGCCCAGCAAGACGCCGCUGCACGAGCGGCCGCACGCCUGCCCGGCCGAGGGCUGCGACCGGCGCUUCUCGCGCUCGGACGAGCUGACGCGGCACCUGCGCAUCCACACGGGCCACAAGCCCUUCCAGUGCCGCAUCUGCAUGCGCAGCUUCAGCCGCAGCGACCACCUCACCACCCACAUCCGCACGCACACGGGCGAGAAGCCCUUCGCUUGCGAGUUCUGCGGGCGCAAAUUCGCGCGCAGCGACGAGCGCAAGCGGCACGCCAAGAUCCACCUCAAGCAGAAGGAGAAGAAGGCCGCCGGUGACAAGGGCUCCGCUGCCGCCGCUACGGGCGCCGCUGGCGCCGGCUCGCCCCCAGUGCCCCUGGCGCCCCCCGUGGUCACCACCUGCGCAUGACGCUCCCGCCCCGCCGAGUCCCAGUGCCUCCCGAUCGCUGCCUUUCGCUGCGAGGCGCAAAACCCGCGCAGCAGCCCCUGCGCGUUUUCCCGCCUCCAAGCUCCCGCCGCCGAGGGGCUGCCUUUGCGCUGCUGGUGGGAGCGAGCCUUGAACUGUCCGCCGGAUCGUCUUGAUCCGCAGCGGCUUAGGGCAGAGGGAGGAGGGCCAGACCCGCGCCCCCCAGAUGAGCUGCCGUGGGGUGUGGGGAGCUCAGGCUGGCACGUGUGAAUGGGGCGGGGGGCAGGGCGGGGCAUUUCCCGGGGCCCCCUAGCAGGCGCCCUCCCCGGAUCUUCUUCCUUUUCUCCCUCGAUGGAGGGGGGCACCAAAGCGCGGCGCUUCCUGCCCGUGGAGACCGUGUGUGUAUGUGUGUGUGCGUGCGCGCGCGCGUGUCUUUGUGCGUGUGAGAAAGAGAGAGAGGCUCCCGAGCGGAGCUGGGCUGCUUUUACCGAUCACUGAACCUCUUCCCCCCCCGCUGCCCUCCGUCCAAGCCCCUCUCUCCAAGGGGCUGUGAGCCUCAGAGCCAAGCACCCCGAAUCCUCCCCUCCUCCCCGCUGCCCCCCCGCCCCCGAGCUGGAGAGGGGGAAAGGAAAGGACUGGCUGGUGGCAAGUGCCCUGCUCCAGAACUGAGCCGCCGCGGCUUCUGUCUCCGCUAUUGCGGCUCUGACUUUUGGAUCUCUGAGCGCCUUCAGGCCCCUUCUUCGCGCUUGGCUUGCGAAGGGAGCCGCGCUUUGCAUGGAGAGCAGCCUGGCUUGGGACCUCAAGAACGGGUGAUUCUCUCUCUCUGGCGGCUGAGCUUUCCCCCCAAGCCCAUCUCCUUUCCCCCUCCACCCCAAAAGCAUUCCCCAGUAUCCCUUCUAAACCAGACAAAUCCCCACCUCUCCACCGGUCCCUUUGCGUAUCUCAGGCACGCACCUUUCCGCCGCCCCCUCCCCUUCCUGGAUGCUCUCCUGCCUCAACAUCUUUGGGAUUUCACAGGAGUUUGUUUUUAAAGACACUGUCCUCCAUGUCACUCUUGGCUUCAUAGUGCAGGAUAAUGAUGCUGAAAGAGGGUCUGAGUAUUUUACAGACUCUCUCUCUCUCUCUCUCUCUCUCUCUCUCUCUCUCUCUCUCUCUCUCUCUCUCAUUGUUUCCACCAAAGGAGGAGGGGGCGAGAAAAGCAUUUUUUUAACACCCCCCCCCCUUUGAUUUUUGUUUUGCUACCCCAAAUCCACUUCUUACUUAUCCCGUUGGGAGCUUUGAAUAUAGUUAUUCGGUGGAGCCCCAAAGAAGGGGGGGGGGCAUCAGACUUCCCUUCUUGCAUCUCCCUCCUGACUUGAAUGUACUGUUGAUGGAUUCCUAUUCAUUUCCCUCCUGAGGCUAGGAUACUGUUGGAGUGGAAGAGGCAGUAGAGUUUACAGGGUGUCUGCUUUAAGGGUCAUUUUAUGCACCCUCUUUCCCUUCUCUUCUUUUAAAAGCACUAUUUUUGUGUGUGCCUGAAGUAAGAGAGUGAGUGUGUGUGUGUGUGUGUGUGUAAUUCAAAUGAACUGUGUGUGUGUUCAAAAGACCCUUGAAAAGUGAAUGGGAUGUUGGUUAGCAAUUUCCAGGUCCUCCUAGCUCCCCCUGGGAAUGUCAUUUUGGGAAAGAGGGCUAUUGGGAAUCAAUUUGGGGUGGGUUUUUUGGAUUUGUUUUUUAUUUUAAGCACAAGGGCAAUUCUUUCCAGAAAUGCAGACAACAGUGUUUUAAUGAGUACUUUUUAUAAUGUGAUUUUAUUUUUGUUUUAUGCGGGGUGGGGAGGUUGUUCCACUUAAGAGAAACCGAGGGGGAGAGAAAGCGAUUUGCCCUUUUCCUAUUCUCCUUCUGGUACGUGCAUGUCAUUGCAUGUCUUGCUUUGUUUUUCUUUCAUUUUGUUUUGUUUUAAUAAAACUGCUCAGAUAUUUAAGCAAAACAAUGAUAAUAAUUAUUAAAAAAAAAACUUUGUUGCCAAAAGGUUGUGUUUUAUCCAGGUUUGAUGUCUGCAUGUUUAGAAAAAAGAACUUAAAAUGAAAAAAAAAAAAAACUCAGAGAGACAAAAAUGCAGUCUAAUUUAUGUGAACUGAAAGAAACAAAAAUCAGGUUUAACUAAAAAAAAUAAAUCUAAGGGAAUGAUAUUUUUUGAAAGACUUUUGUAUAAAGUUGAGUACUUAGAAAAAAAGACAAACCAGAUGUAAUAUAUUUUGUGGAUGUUUUUAUUUCUUGGAUUUAUAGUACCUUAUACUAAGGUUAAAAUGCUUGAUAUUGUGAAAAAGUGAUAAUUUUCACACACAUUUCAUUUGCUCAUUUGUCACGUUGUAAUGCAAAUAUGAUAGUUAAUGCAUACAGCAUUUUAAAGGGGAAAAAUCAGAAAUAUUGAACUGAUGUAUUGUUGUACCAUUUGCACUGUGAGCAAAUGCUAAUGCAGUAAAUAUAUUGUGUUUGCUGACAAUCAAAUCCUUGUAGUAAAUAUCUUUUUAUUAUUAUUUUCUUUUAAAAAUAUAAUUGCGUGAGCAUAUUA